AUGGAGGUAGAAUUAGUUAGACACAAUGGAGGUUGCCACUGCAGGAAUGUAAAAUGGCGAGUUGAAGCACCAAAGAGAGUUGUAGCUUGGGAUUGUAACUGUUCAGAUUGCUACAUGAGGGGUAACACACACUUCAUUGUCCCUGCUAAAAGAUUUGAACUUUUGGGCGAUUCCAAUCAGUUUCUCACAACUUACACCUUUGGUACUCACACUGCAAAACACACCUUUUGCAAAGUUUGUGGUAUAACUUCCUUUUAUAUUCCUCGUUCGAACCCAGAUGGGGUUGCAGUCACAUUCAAGUGCGUUGACCCUGGUACUCUGCUCCAUGUUGAGGUUAUAAGCCAUGAUGGCAAGAAUUGGGAGACCUCAUACGCUCACUCAAAUAUUGCUUCAUAUUCCAAAGACACUUGACUUGAUGUUCUACCUACUUUAUUGUUUUCUCUCUUGAUUUCAAUUUCCCAUAAAGCAUCAUCUUCAUGUGUCUUUGAUACUAACCAAUAAAACAUUUUAAACAGAUGGCUCUGAAAGUUUCUCAAGCUGUCAAUCUUCAGUUUUGUAUGUAUGGUGUCUGUGUUUUGAUGAUUUGAUUUUGGUUGUAAAACAUUUGUCAUUCAAUUUUCCUCCUGGACUAAAACUAUCUUAUGUUUAUAGAGAUACAAAUGAAGCAACACCUGUUUCUUCUGUUAUUCUAAA